CCCACGCGGCUCUGCGGCAGCAACGGCUGGUAUGCGUUGUCACAAGCUCACUGUAGGCUCAGCCACGUCGGGAUCUAGCUCUGUUAGCUCCGACUUCGGUAGUAACAUGUUGUGCUUUUAUAUUGACGAUGCCCUCGGCUUGAAGAUCUCACCCACCAUUGUCCUUGUCAUGAGUCUCUGCUUCAUCGGCUUUGUCACUGCUCUUCAUUUGUUUGGCAUGAAUCUUUGACAUUUACAAGUCUUUGAUUCCGAUGAAAUCUUGACGGUUAGGUUUCCAAUUACCCUUAAUCGUGGACCCAUCUUGUCGGUUUCCCCAAAUCCAACUCCCAAUCUAGGGUUUUUCGCAUUUCAACCCAUCCCCCACAAUUCUUCGGUGCCAGUUGAAGAUUUACAGUUUUUGAGAUUGCUGUCUUUGUUACACAACAAAUUUUAUAGUUUUGAGAAUUGAUUCGUUAUUCUUAUGGUACAAUUCUUAUUCUCCUACUUGUAAUCUUGGGGUUUGAUUCGCUUGAAUGUUCUAUGCUGCUUUGUGUUCUACCUAAAUUUCAGCUAAUG